UUUUAUAAUAAUAAUAAUAAUUAUUAUUAUAAACAAAUGGCGAAUUUAAGACAAACACCUCUGACAUGCAGUGGACACACGAGACCAGUUGUUCAUCUGGCAUUUUCAGACAUCACUGAUACUGGGUACUAUUUAAUUUCAGCGUGCAAAGAUGGAAAGCCCAUGUUGAGACAAGGUGACACUGGAGACUGGAUCGGUACAUUUGAAGGCCACAAAGGAGCUGUAUGGGGAGUUGACUUGAAUCGACAAGCCACUCGUGCAGCCUCUGGUGCCGCUGAUUUCAAUGCUAAAGUCUGGGACGCCAUCAAGGGCGAAGAAAUUCAUUCAUUUCAACACAACCAUAUUGUCAAGUCCGUCGGGUUUAGCACUGACUCUAACAAUCUUUGCACAGGCUCUAAUGAAAAACUACUCCGUAUUUUUGAUCUCAAUAAGUCUGACUCAUCACCCCAGGUUUUUUCUGGGCACACAAGCUUCAUAAAACAAGUAACUUUUCUUAAUGACAAUAAAUUAAUCGUAAGUUGUGCUGACGAUAAAACCCUGAGAGUAUGGGAUCGAAGCAACGGCCAAGAAGUAAGACGACUUGAUUUUUCGGCUCUUCCUAGUUCGAUGGAAGUUUCUAAAGAUGGAAAAAUAAUUACUACCACGCAUUCUAAUACCGUCUCGUUCUGGAAUAGCUUAGAUUUAACAAAAAUUCGUGAAUAUACAAUUCCAACUCAAGUAAACAGCGUGAGCUUGCAUCCAGAUUGUUCAAUGUUUGUUUGUGGCGGUGAAGAUUUAAAAAUGUACAAAUUUGAUUAUUCAACUGGUAUAGAAAUAGAAUCAUUUAAAGGACAUUUCGGACCAGUGCAUUGCGUAAGAUUUUCUCCAGACGGCGAGUUAUACGCCAGCGGCUCAGAGGAUGGAACUCUGAGACUCUGGCAGACGACUGUCGGAAAGACUUAUGGACUUUGGCGUUGCACCGACCAGACAACUACCAUCCAAGAAAAUUCCUCAGUUGUCAACAACAAACACGAAGUAUCUGCCAGCUAAACCGUCCGCAAUCAAAAGAAAAAAAUAAAUAAAUAAAUAACAGAAAAAUAAUUUUAUUUUCUGUUAUAUAAAACUCAUUCAAUCCAACUCGGCUUACUUUAUGUAAAUAUAAGAUCUUAUAUAAUGUAUCUAUACUUAUCGAAUUCAUUGAUCAUUUUGCAAUGAUUGAGUAUCAGAGACAGAGUUGAGUUCGGCGUAUGGCCCGGAAUUUAUAAAUAUAAAAGGGAAGAUAGCCGGCUUCAAUGAAAUUAUAAGAAGAAUAUAUUUGAGCCAAUUACAAUCAUGGGAAUUAUUUCUCACGUCAAUUCUUAGGCUAACGGAUGGCAAUUGGGCGGAGAAAUAAUAAAAAAUCUUUUUAAAAAUUUAACAUAUAAUCAACAAUACAUAAAACACUUGUCAGAUAUAAUAGAUGAGUAAAAAAAGACAAUAAAAAAAAGUUAAAAUAAACAAUUA